AUGGAGCUCACUAAUAAAGGUCCGAAGGCUUGCACGACAUGUGCAAAGGCCAAGGCGCGGUGCAUUCCCGGCCCGGAGAGGAGCAGCAAGUGUGAAAGGUGCCAGAGACUAAACAAGGAAUGCGUCUCGCAGCGGCCCGCCCCGCCCCGAGCCAAAAAGGCGCCGAAGAGAUCCAGGGUGGCCGAGCUGGAGAAGCGAUUGGACGAGCUGUCGUCGCAGUUUGUCGAUGGAGUCGUUGCUGUAAACCCCAGGCCCAAGCAGCCGUCGUCGUCGUCGACGGGGCCGGAGUCGCGUCCGCAGCAGCGGCGGCAGAAGACAAAGUGCGACAGCAUUGUCACGUUUGAGUAUCUGUUCCCGUCGCCGAGGUCAGAGAGUGCCGAGGCUUCGGGGUGGAGCUCCGAGGCCGGGAGUAACGACUAUGUUGCGGUUGAUCGGCUGUGGCCCGAUGCGGCGGAGGCGGAGGCUUUGCUGCUGCAGUUCCAUGAUACACAUGCGCCCCUUGCGCCGUUUGUGGUUGUGCCGAAGCAUUUGACGGCGGCGGAGCUGCGUCGACAGAGGCCGUUUUUGUGGAGCGUGGUGAUGAUGGGACUGUUGUUGAUAAUCGGCUGGCACAACUUUGCCUUGAGGAGUGCGCAGUUGACCAACCUGCUCUUCCUCGCAAGAUCUAUGAGUUUAAAUACAGCCAAUACCGGAUGUCUAUGUGGCGCCACCGGCCCUACCAGCAAAGACGAGAUCAGAUGGGGAGAGCUAGAAUACGCACGAGCAUACGUGGGGACAUACUACGUCAACGCCAUCGUCUUCAACACCAAUAAAAAGGCAGAUGCCUUUAUAAACACUUCACAGCUAGACAACUUCUGCAACAUGCUUACUUCGCCGGGGGAAUAUCCCUCUGAUAUAUACUUGGCGAAGCUGGUCAAGAUUCAGAUGCUGUCGCAGUCGAUAUCUAUGGCCAUGACGUUUGAUCCUACGCAGCCGCAGCCGAUGCAGCUGCCCCUGACGAUGGUGAUACAGACGUUCCAGGAGCAGAUUGAUGCAUAUCGCGCAUCGUUACCAGCUCAUCUUGUUGACAAUGGCACCAUCCAAUGUCACAUGGCCAUAUCAGAAAUCCUCCUCGCCGACAUGUCCAUCUCCGAUUCCCACUGCUCCUCAGUCGGCCUCUCCCUCGAAGACCGCAUUCAACUCCUCUGGUCCUGCCUCCGUGCUCUCCGCCGCUUCUACACCGCCCACGCAGCGGUCAAGUGCUGCGACCUCAGCGACAAGGAGCAGCGCAACUUCCUCGGCCUCAACGCCUCGGAUCUCGCCUACGCCAUCAUCACGGGCAUCAAAAUGCUCAUCAUACGGCUUCCCGGGUGGGACCCCAGGUAUAUCGUUUCCGAGCUGGGCAUCAGGGAGAUGCUGGAUCGGGAGGUUGAGGUCGUGGGCGCGGUUGUAGCGCGGAGGGAGAGCGAUCGUUGGUUGGAGGAGGAUCCGCUGGAUAGGAUGUACAAAUUGUUAAAGUACGGUAGGGAUCUGGUGGAUUUGCAGCUGCAGAAACUUGGGAUGGAGAUGGAUGUGAGGAGCAGUAGUGAUUCUGCGUCGUUGUCGCCGCCGUCGGUGGUGAAUAAGAGGGAGGAUGGGCCGGGGUGGAUGAUGAUGGGGAUGGAGGAUUUGGAUGAUGACUUGUGGCAGAGCUUUAUGAACGAUACGGCGUGGAGCUUGAAUGGGGAGCCGAUGGUGAUGGAUGCGUUUUAA